AUGUGCCACGUUGGAGACAUUAUCUGCUUUUUCUGCGACACAAAAAUAGCCACGAACGCCCUCAUUCAGCGGUGCGAGGCCUAUGCUCUCAAGUGUUUUGGGCUUCAAGAGAUUGAGGAAGAGGAGAUCCAGACUCAUUGGCAAGACUUCUCGUGUUUUCUACCACGCGAUACUCCUGUUCCGGUCUUCGAUUACGAGGAGUGCCCCUUCAAGCGCGUCGGGUCAUUCAAGGUCUACGACUACCCUUGCCCUAACCCAGCUUGCAAAAAAAGACUCACACAGCCUUCGGUCAACAAGAUCCCCAGAACAACCCUUCGAAACUGUGAUUGGGUCUCCAACUUCUACGCGUCUGGUCUCAUGCCCAUUGUCCAGUGGUUCAACACGUACCUCGCGAACUGUAACGAGAGGAACAAUAUCCAUCGACAGCUCAUUGCUCCGCACGCGGUGAAUACUCACAUGACUCCUUUGGAGACCAUUGCCGGCCCCGUAUAUCGCGAUCUAACAGCCGAAGAGCUCGUCAAGCACGCCAUGGGGCAAGAGAGAAAUCUUCCCAAUGGGAUGACCGGAACCUACGUCGACAGCAUUCCUGUCAAGACUACUCCGGCUGCUGAUGUAGUCUGUGACGAUGAUGGAUCACUCUUUGGCGAUGAUGGCCAAGAUACCAAUUUCGCCAGCCUUACUCCUUCCGAGCCUGAAGCUGUGAUCAACAGCUCAUCAACCAAUUACCACCCUGACCCUAGGCCUGAUUGGUAUGAUGCUGCCGGAGAGGCAGACUUAAGCAUGGCCGCUAGCCAGCCAGGCAAGAACUACGCCACCGCCAACUCAACCCAGGCGGUUGUCGCAAGCUUGUCUUCGCAGACCCCAGGACAGGGACAUACAGAUAGCGGAGAGAUCAGCUUCGAAUUCGAGGACGUCACUUUCUGCGGCGAUGAGGAUGAACAGGGAGAACUCACUUCUGUAGUGCCUCCUCAAGCUGCAACAGUGCUAGUCACUCCUGACCCUCCGGCAUUCCACCCACAACAGCAGGCCAAGAAGGCCCAGCGUCAGCCUCCCCUGCCCAUCGCCAUUCCUCGCGUACCUCUGAUGGCUAAUUCAAUCUUGGUCUCAGGGGAUGUUCAGAGUUUCUCCCAGAAUCUUCGCGCUGGCGGUUCCGGGGCUGUGAGUCGCACUGGGAAAGCCCCUGAACAUGGUUAUCACGACAACGCUGCGCUAGCGGGCGUGUUACCGCUUGCACUGCCCACAGGCGGAACAAGCGAUGUAACCGUUGUUACCAGUGCGCGUAACUAUGAGAGCCCUAGCAAAGAUGGCAAGAAAACUACCAAGAGCAAGAAGAAAGGCCGCACUUCUGUCGACAGUGCCGCCGCAAACAAACGUCAGCAGGCUCUGCUCAAGUCACUUGCCGAAAGCGAGGCUGCUCGGAUGCGCAAGAACGGUGCUGCAGCAGCUGCAAACUCGACCACAUGGCAAUUCUCUGGUUCUGUGUCACCAGUGAAAUGUCGCCGUACUUUCUCUCCGGACCUCAUGGUUCAAGCUGAUAUGAAGGUGAACCCUGGCAACUACAUUACCGAACCACACGUCAACCAAUCUCCUGCUCAGCCAAGUGGAUUCAAUGUCGUGGUUGACACCGCGUUCAACAGCAGCAACGUCCAGGGUUCUGUCAGCUGCUCGAUGGCCCCGAUCCAGAGCAACAAAGGCUUCAUCAACGACCCUCCAGCGCAGGGUCACGCUACCACCAGUACAAUUCAUGAUUCUCCUACUGGGCCACCUAGGUUCCACCAAGGAUCGACCCAAGUCAUCAACUACCAGCCUCAGCAUCUUCAGGGCAAUUCGUUUCAGCACGAUCGUGGCUCACACCAUGGCUGCAACUCGUCGCCAGCGGGGGCUCAUCCUGCCAUGAACCUCGACGGCCAGCAGCAUAGCAACGACUUCUUCUGCCAUGGAGGGAUAGCAAACAAACACAACGGCAACCCCGAGGGGGGUUUCAUUGACAACCCUAUUCAGCAUAACUUCCCAACCGGAGGGGAACAAAAUGUGCCUCACGACGCGGCCAAUCCAAUUAGUAUGGACACCACCAACUCCGACAUCGCUAUUGACCCCCGCCUCUGGGAAGCUAGUCGGGUUGCGUACUUGAACGACACCACCGAUGCUGAACUCGCCAGCAUGGGCUUCGUCCGUGCCAAUGCUCUUCCCACCCCACAGUCCGCGGAAAAAUUGGCCGCCAACACGUCUCAGUAUCCCGAAUCCAACGUGGGCACCUGGGUUCAGCAGAACUCCCCGACGUUCGGUUCGAGUAGCAGCGGUGGUUGUAUCUCGCCCUUCAAAGGCCAUCACAUCGGCACUGCGGGAGGCGAUAUCGAUGACCAUGCGUGGGACGCGGUUGACCUGGGCAACAAAUCACAGCCCAGCCGCCGCACCAGCAAGAAGCGAAAGAGCAGCAAGGCGAGCUGCCUCGAUCUCUAUGGCCCCACGACUGAACAGCCUCCACCCAUUAUGACAGAGGCUAUGCGCGAGGCUCUCGUUUCUCAAGGCAGCGGUGGUGCUACUGCUCCCAUUGGAAACAUGGCGGAGCCUAUUGCUGCUGCUGAGGGGUCCAUCGUGGAGAAUCGGGCGCAAAUGGAGAGAAUGGAGCUCGUCAGAGUGAUUCAAGAGGAACAGAGGAAGUUUCAGGAACAGCAAAAGGCUGAUUGGGAGGCGUUCGAGUUGCGUAUUCAGCAUAUCCUGCAGGGACAUGGUGGUCAGUGA